UUCAAAAUGGCGGACGAACAUUGACGAUUGUGUUUAAAUAGAUUGUUUGCGCGUAAUUGCUAAUUUCCCACUGUUUUUACAGGGGACUUACUAAAAACCCAGCGUAUGUUUCCAAAAUGAAAAAAGCAACUUGAGAGUAGAUUUCAAGUUUAGUGAACAGAAUGGUCCAUCUCUGUAGAUGUCUACAUUAUCGUGGUGUCAAUCCUUGCUCGAGCGCGUUGGAGCGCUUUUUGAGGUUCGCAGGGAACAGUGGUUGUGAUCAGUCCUCUAGAAGCACCCACACAGACAGCAGCAAGACUUCUCAAUUUUGGUUCGACCUGGAUAAACUUGAAACAUUGAAUCGGCGAGAACUGCAACAACUGUGUAAGAAAUGUGGUAUAAAAGCGAACAACAAGACUUCGAUUCUUUUGAGUGAUUUGAAGGAAUUUCACUUGCUUCAUCUCACGAACCCGAACUCAGUUCUGCGCUUGCCUUUCAUAGCUCAAACUAAUUCUGCAUAUCAUACUCCGGUGAAAGGUGACAAAAGGUAUUUUCUUCCAACUGGACUGAGGCUUGAUAAAAAUAAUAUUUUAUUUAGUUCUACUGAGUCUCCUGGUCAGUGGAUAAGUGGGGAGGUGAAAAAAUUACACAAAGCCGUAAAAUCAAAGGGAAUUGUCUCCAAGACUGUGGGGGAGUACAAAGGUACAACAAAUGGAACAAAGCAAAGGGAAUUUCCAGUUAAAGGAGACUUGUAUUUGACUAAAAAUGCUAGUGUCUCAGCCAUUUUGAAUACUGCAUCAAACAGGUUCAUGAUUGCCGUUUGGCAGAAACAACAGAUAGAAAAGAUGGGAGAAGAAAUGUUUAAUGAGUACAGAAAUUUAAUAGCCAAAAGUGGGAAAAAAUUUCACUCAUGCAUGACAGACAUUCUUCACAAAAAGGCAGAGGAUACAGACAAGUUUCCAGAAAUUGUUUCAAGCUUGAUCAAAAGUGUCUCCAAAACUGGGAUUCUAAAGCUUCUCACGAAGGACAAGGUGUUAGCCACAGAGGAGUAUGUGACACACUCUUCUAUUGGUUAUUCAGGUACUUUUGAUGGACUAGCUAUCUAUAAUGGGGUACCUUGUGUGAUUGAAUGGAAAACAUCGCAAAAGCCCAGACCAACACUGGAGAGUUGUUAUGAUGCUCCAUUUCAAGUGGUGGCUUAUGCUGGGGCUAUCAAUUCUUAUCCUGUAAUGAGGAUUCCUGUAACAAGUUGUUUGAUUGUUGUUGCACACCAUGAUGGCUCAGAGGCAGAUGUUCAUUGGAUGGACUUAGAUACUUGUGAGAAAUUGUGGCAACAAUGGCUGACUAAAGUGUUAAAAUACAAAGAGAAAACAGAACAUGUUUCAGAGAAAAGUGAUGCCUCUUGAAACAAUAUCAACGUCUUGGUUCUUCUAUACCUGGGACUCAAAAUUGAUCAUAUAUUCAGGAAAAAUGAAACAAAACUCAUCUGUGCAUACAUGGUGUAAGAUUUAUUUAAAUAUUACCUCCCCUCUGGUUGUAACCUGGCCCUGUACAUCACAGGUAACUCCAUCCCUCACCAUCAUUCCUGUGAUAGUUUACCAGACCCCAUAAUGUGGUGCUUCAGUGCCACAAAAAAACAGUUAAGGUUAACUGUCUGAACUGUUCAGUGUAUACAUAAUGUAACAUUUAUUGAAAUUGUUCACCCACAUCUGCUCAGUGGAGGAAGAUGUGAUGACAUAAGCUAAAACAUGGCCAUAAAUAUUACCUUGUACACCUUGCCUUGUACACCACAAGUAACUCCAGCCCGUAACAUCAUUCCUGGCAAAUCUGUCACAUUUUACCAGACCCCAUAAUGUGGUGCUUCUGGGUCAAAAAAAAAAAACAAAACAAAAAACACUCAGGGUAAACUGUAUGAACUGAACUUAUCUGGCCCUAUCAAAGGCUUCAACCCAGAACUCCAAUCUAAGCAAACCAAGAGUCCAGUAUACGAUUUUAUGUCCAGUAUACGAUUUUAUGUACAGGUAAUGCUGGAGGAGAUUUUUGCUCCAGAGGCCAUAUUGUUUGUAUCUCCAUUAAAAUAAUGUUCAAAGGU